CGCUGUGGACGUACUGACGUGGCAUGGAACGCGAUGACGUGCCGUGCCGUGCGGUACGUCCAUUCAGACCAGCAGCUUUGGCUUGGUUCGUGUUUGUCAAAGAAUUCGUGCAUUUCCAGCUGCAUUUUGGUAAUUUUCCGUAUUUAAGUCCGGAGUAACGUACAAGUGACAGUCUAGAUACGUGUUGAGAGUCACCUGCUGUCUUUCAACAAGACGUCUAAACAUUGCCGGCCGGCAGCACCAUGAACAUCGGAUCCAAGAGUAAGAAGAGGGGGGUCCUGCCGAGCCGGCCCGAGCCCCCCACGGUGGACCAGAUCCUGGAGGACAUCCACGGAGCCGCUGCCGACGACCCGGUCUUCAGCAUCCUGGAGAAGACUGGACAAGACUCGGCCCGCCCCCCCGACAGCGACGUGGACGUGCGGUUCCUGCAGUGCCGCCAGUUCCUGGAGUUGAACCAGCGGCUGCAGGCGGCUCGCGGCCGGCUGCCGCGGCAACUGGAGGAGCUGCUAGCGGCGGGGGAGCGCCUGCGUAGCGUCGUGGCCGAGGUCAAAGGUCAAACGCUCUGAGUCCACCACACACACAC